AUGGUGUCGCGCGACCCACCUCCGUACACGCAAGACCAAAUCGCCGCGAUGACCUCACCGGAGGAGAAAAUACGCGCAAUGGCAGAGCUCAAGAGCUACAUUGCGCGCUUGAAGAAAGAGAACGAGCUCAAGUCGAAUGGCUACUCUGGCUCUGGUUACCGCACCACCUCUGGCGCCUUCACCCACCAUGACACCUCCUAUUAUCCACGCAGCGACUACCGUGGUGGCUAUCGGGGUAGCUAUGGUAGUGGUAGAGGCAGAGGCUACACACCCUACCAUCCCUACUCGCGCCCUUACACUGCACCUAAGUUUGCGCAUAGCUCUGUCGCUGUCAACGGUCCCGGUAAUGCUAUCCAGUCCCUCAAGGUAAAAGAAGAGGAGGAUCCACCGCGGGCACUGGCCGAAAGCAAUGUCUCUUCGUCAAGCGAUCAACAGCAGCCGGAACCACAGAAACUUUGUGCCAUAUUCACAUCCACAGGUCAAUGUUCCCGCCCAGCAUGCUACCUCGUUCAUGAUCCGGACAAACAGGCCGUCUGCAAGCCUUGGUUCUAUAAGGAUAGUUGUGCUAAGGGAGACUACUGCUCACUGCCUCAUGAUGCGUCGUCGCACAAUGCGCCAACAUGUCUUCAUUUUCAAGCAGGUCGAUGCACCAAGGAUGACUGUCGCUUUGCCCAUAUUCGUGUCAAUCCCACGGCACUGAACUGUGUAGCUUUUGGGCGUAUGGGCUACUGCGAGAAGGGAGAUGCCUGCGCCGAGCUGCAUGCGCAUGAGUGUCCCGACUUCGCCAACACAGGAGACUGUUACUACGGUGAGAGCUGUCGUCUUUCACACGUUCGUCGCGCCACUCGCAUGAGGAAGGCCAACCGUGGGUCUUCCCCAAGCCACUCCCCCUCGUCAAACACUUCCGAUACUCCGGACACUCCUGAGGAGAGCAUGGAUACCACCCAGGAUGCUCCCGAGUGGACGAUGCCGAAGAGUUCAACCCCUCAGGAACCUCAACAACGAGUAAGCACGGCCUACCGCUGGAUUGGUGAUGUCCGGACAUUUUUGAUCCCGCGAGUUUCCCAUCUGCUCAUUUUGCGCAACACCAUGGCGCUCAAAGACUUGCUGAAAAAGAAGGACAAGAUCAGAGAUGAGGGUGCUACUCCCGUGUCGCCUACGGGGCCCACGCUAUCUCCUGAUGUCCCAGAGUUCCAAUUCUUCCGCACCACGACAUCGACGCAAGAGACCAUCGAGCCGCCUAGCUUCCCUGGCGACCCCACGCGCGACUCUCCCCUGUUAUCGCCCACUUCGAGAAGCAAAUUUGGCAGAUUUAGAAGUCGUAGUAAUGCUUCACCCCAGGGGUCGGCGACGGGGCAGCAUGAUAACAAGUUGGCGGAGCGGUUGCACUUUGGACGGAGCAGGUCGAGCAGCUCGAUAAACGUACCAGACAAUCUGCCAGAAGUGGGAGGAGACGGUGUCGCACGAACAGAGGAAGAAGAGGCCAGGUGGGAGACGAGGGCCACGGUGCUGGUCACCGAAGGUUUGCAACACGGAUCUAGUCAGCCCAAUACACCAAGCUACGAGCCUGCAAAUCCAAUGUCACACGGUCGACCGACGAGUGCUAGGAGUCGCAGUGAAACUAUCGGUGCACCUACGGAUGAGGAGAACAUCCAGGAGGCUAUUCGUUUGCACGAGAAGGGCAAUCUUGAGGCUUCCACGGCGCUUUUUGGUAGACUUGCAGAGCCAACUGGCGCAAACAAUGCUCUAGCCCAAGUCCUCUACGGCCUCGCAUUACGCCAUGGUUGGGGAUGUGUGCCUCACCAGGAACAGGCUGUCCAAUACCUAUCCAUGGCAGCGGCGAACAGCGCUGAGGUCGAGAAACUGGCCCUCGGGGCCGGCAUGAAAAAAGGUGGUGCAGCCAAAGGCGAGCUUGUACUGGCCAUGUACGAGCUCGCGAACUGCUUCCGCAACGGCUGGGGUAUCAAGAAAGAUCCCGCAGCCGCGAAGCAAUAUUAUGAGACGGCAGCCAACUUGGGUGACACCGAUGCGAUGAAUGAGGUAGCCUGGUGCUAUACAGAGGGCUUUGGUACGAAGAAGGAUAAGUUCAAAGCGGCUCAGUUCCUGCGCCUCGCGGAAUCCAAAGGGAACAAGACGUUAGGCAAUACUUGGUAA